CACAAUAACCGACUCUCUCAAAAACUUGGAACCAUUGAUCCUACGGCACCUUUGACAAGAAGCCCGAGCUUCCCUCUCUAACAUCCAAUUUUCUGCAUCGUUUCUCUCUCUACACAUCUAUCUCUCUACACAUCUAUCAGUCAUGAGAAGAAGCAGAGGCAGAGGCAAACCUGCAAGACAAUCUCACCAUAUCGAUGAAGGGUGGAUAGUUAAGUCUUUUCACGAUCAAACCGAAGAAACACUCAUCACAACCGAACAACCUAACCUCGCAACCCCAUCGUCACCGACUUCCACUUCUCAUCACAACAACGUCGAAACCCUGAAAACCGUACCCGUAUCAGAAUUCGCCACCGAAACCCCAAAAUCAGCUCCGAAUCGCCGAAACUCCAAGUGGGUAUCGCGGAAUCGGCGUGCCCGUGUGGUCAAACCUCGGUUUGUCGAGAAAUCUGAAGUGGGUUAUUCGAAUUCUAGCAUAGAAGAGAAAGAUAGAGAUGGGAAUUUAUUAGCCUUGAAGAUUGAUCCAAAUGGAGAGACAACUGAAUUGGGUUCUUCGAGUUCUCACAAAGAAGAUGAAGAACAUAAAGAAGAAGAUGAGAAGGGAAGGGACCGGCAUGUUUCGGGAUCAAAGAAUGAAUUGGAUGGGGAAACAAUUGAGGGGUCUGAUUCAAAGAAAGAUGUUGAUAAUAUUGCGAGUAGGUUAGAAGAGUUGCAGUUGGGUGCAGAAGAACCGGAGUUGUCAGAGGAGCAGCUGAGAAUCAAUGAUCAGUUGCAGGAGGAUGAGUUACUUGCUACGGAGUCCAUAUAUGGAACCAAUGUCUUUAUUCUCAACAGACAGAGAGGACUACGAUCUUUUCAGAUUCAUAUAAAUAUUGAAGAUCCACAGGAACUUACUAUCUCUGCAAAACUAAAUUCAUCUAGUGAUCUUGAGACCAAAAGUGAUGGUUCAGCUGAGUUCUCAUACUCUUUCAAAGUCCAGUACCUUCCUCCAAUUGUGCUGACAUGUUUAUUACCUAAAUCAUACCCGAGUCAUAUCCCUCCUCAUUUUACAAUUUCUGUUCAGUGGCUGAAUCAUGUUAAGAUUUCCAGUCUUUGCUCCAUGUUGGAUUUGAUUUGGAUGGAGCAAACAGGGCAGGAAGUUAUAUACCAAUGGGUGGAAUGGCUACACAGUUCUUCUCUUUCUUAUCUCGGUUUCAAUAAAGAAUUAAUUCUUGGUCCAUAUGGGGUGAUGAGAUAUAGUGGAGAUCGGCGUGCAGUUUCAGGAAGCAUAUCCCCAGAUGUUGACAUUCCUUCGAUGAAGAGUUACAAUGAUGAGCAGCUCCUUGCAAACUUCAGCAAGAAUUUGCAUGAAUGUUGCAUAUGUUUUAUUGAGUAUGCAGGGACAGAAUUCCUUAGAUUGCCAUGCCAACAUUUCUUCUGUUGGAAAUGCAUGAAAACUUACUCUGAUAUGCAUGUAAGGGAGGGGACAAUAAGCAAGCUUCUGUGUCCUGAUACAAAAUGUGGGGGUAUUGUUCCACCUGGUUUAUUGAAACAAUUGCUUGGUGAUGAGGAAUUUGAACGUUGGGAGUUGUUAAUGUUACAGAAAACACUUGAGUCAAUGUCUGAUGUAGCCUAUUGCCCGAGAUGUGAAACAGCCUGCAUAGAAGAUGAAGAGCAACAUGCACAAUGCUCAAAGUGCUACUUUAGCUUUUGUACGCUUUGCAGGGAGCGACGCCAUGUAGGAAUUGCAUGUAUGACACCAGAACUGAAGCUUCGUAUCUUGCAGGAACGACAGAAUUCAUCUCAAUUGGAGGAUAAACAAAAGCAUCGUGAGCGCGAAAUGAUCAACGAGAUUCUUAGCGUCAAGGAAAUACUUCGUGAUGCUAAGCUAUGUCCAUCUUGUAAGAUGGCUAUCUCACGAAUCGAAGGUUGCAACAAGAUGGCAUGCCAAAAUUGUGGGCAGUACUUCUGCUACCGCUGUAACAAGGCGAUUGAUGGAUAUGAUCACUUCAGGGGUGGGGACUGUGAGCUUUUCCCACAGGAAAUGAUUCAGCAUUGGGAAGCGGGAAUUAAUGCCCGGCAGGUGCUAGGUCAGAUUCAGGCUGAACUUUUUGUUGAUCGUGGUCAUUCAUGCCCUAAUUGUGGUCAAGUUAAUGUAAAGGUUGGAAAUAACAAUCACAUCUUCUGCUGGGCGUGCCAAAACCACUAUUGUUACUUAUGUAAAAAGAUCGUGAGACGCAGUUCUAACCAUUAUGGCCCUAGGGGUUGCAAACAGCACACGGAGGGCUAGCUCGGGAUACAACAAGCGUCUUUACUUAAAUUGACAGGAAAGACGUGGUAAUCGACAUAUACAGUGCUGGACAACAGAGGAUUAUUAGAGAGCGGCUGCGGUGGAGGUUAUAUACAAUUUGAAGUCACCCCAAUGCACCUACCAAUGCAAGGCAUUCAAUGACAGUCUCACUUCACUGCUUUUAUAUAAUCUUCUACAAAAAAUUUCCCUCCCUAGCGAUUGUACUAUGCAGUUGAGUGUUGUCAAAUAUAUUUUAUUGUAUUGCCAGGAAAAAAAAAAAAAUUAUAUAUAUAUAUAUAUAUAUAUGUGUGUGUGUGUGUGUGUGUGUGUGUCUUUGCUCAGCCUUGUGCCUGCAAUUAUAAAAAUAGCUCUUUCACAUUUCCAAUACUAGUGCAAUAUCACAUGGGCAAAUAACUUUGCUGUACUUGGAUAGGCUGGUAAUUAUGUUUUGAGGAAAACCUAUAUAGACCUGUUCUUCGACAUAGCAGGGAAAUGUUGACAUUGUGAGUUUUGAGUCAGAUGUAUACGCUAUGCAACACGUUUAUUUCAAGGAUGCAAAACUCAUUGUACAGCAUAUUAUAUCAAGUUGAAACAUAACAACAUUAUUAAAUUGAAGAUGCAGGUUUUUAUUUUAUUA